UGUGUUUUUUUUUUUUACCUGAACUUUUCUGGAAGAGUUUUUUUAGUGAACGAAAACAGCUGCUCAUCACCCUCCAAGCGAUAAACGAUCGCACUUCCUGCAGCGUCCACCAAAGGCCAAUAGACCAGCGACUUGCAUCAUGACGAGCGGCUUACGGCGGCUGGCGGCGUCUGCAUCCUCCGCUGCAGCCUCGUCCUCUUCGUCCGAUUUCCCCUACGCCAUCGUCAUCGGCGCGGCUGUGGGGGUUCUUGCCGUAAUCCUCAUCGUUGUGGGGCUUUUCUUCUACUGCAAAGAGCGCAAGCGCAACAAGGAAUUGGCACUUGAGCCCUACGUCAACCUGGCGCCCAAUCCACCGGCCAGUCAACUAUCUCCAGGCAUCGCUACGGCCGCCAACCAGCACCCGGUUCUCAGUUCCACCAAGCUCUCGGGGUCCAUGGACGCUCACGCUGGCUUCUACGUCAUGACGUCGCCCGUGAAUGCCAGCUCACUGCCUCCUGCAGUGCUUAAACCCACGGGAAGCCGCGGAUCGUCCAGUAUAGACCAGUCCUUCUUGGCCAGCGACCCGUCGGUGCAAAAGCCGAGCUUCGAACGGAGUUAUGAGGAUACGCAAGACCUUGAUUCUUUCGAUACAUCGGCACGGAGUCGAAUUAAUUCGUUUGAAGCGCAUGAGAGUUUCAGACGUGCCAUGGGAUACAGAGACAGCACGAGUAGCAGUGCUCGGACUGCAAACAGCAACAGUAACAACAACGAUUCAGCGUGGCCAAGCUCCGGCCACGGAGGACUCUGGGACGACCCUGCUAUUGUAGCAGCACGCAUCCCAAUGGAUAGAAUCACUCCGGGCGAGGUGAUAAGUCGUGGAGGAUUCGGUGAAGUGUUAAAGGGAACAUACAAGGACCGGGAUGUAGCCAUUAAGAGGCUAUUACCCGAGUCAAGAAAAGAUCUGGCCAAGAUUGAAGAAUUCCUGGCCGAAGUCAAGCUGCAGGCUGCGUUAGAACACGAUCGGGUCGUACGUUUCGUGGGUGUAGCCUGGGACUCGCUCACGGACUUGUGCGUCGUGUCCGAGUUCAUGGAGGGCGGCGAUUUGCGUGCGCUGUUGAUCAAAUUUGACGAGGUGGACCAUCGCCCUGUGGGCUUUGACGCGGAAAAGGCCAGAGUGGCGUUGGAUGUGGCCCAUGCACUCACAUAUUUACACUGUUUAGACCCCAUGGUAUUGCAUCGCGAUCUCAAGUCCAAGAACAUUUUGCUAGACAGAAGAUGGCGCGCCAAACUCACGGACUUUGGCGUGUCCAGAGAGCGCAGUGACCGCACCAUGACUGCAGGCGUGGGGACGUCGCUGUGGAUGGCGCCGGAGGUCAUGAUGGGGGAAAGAUACGACGAGAAGGCCGAUUUAUUCUCCUUUGGCGUCGUGCUCAGCGAACUGGAUUCUCACAAACUUCCCUAUGCAAGUGCGAAAACCACGGAAACGGGACGUAUUAUUCCGGACACAGCAAUUUUGCAACUUGUGUCCAGUGGGAGACUGAGCGUGGAGUUCACUCCUCCAGCGUCGCCAGCACUGGAAGCGAUGGUGCAUCUAGGCAAAGCCUGUGUGGCUUUCGAGCCCGACGCACGACCGACAGCCUCCCAGGCGCUGUACCAGAUGCAGCUCGUUAUGCGCGCGUUUGCGCAGGAAGAAGCGGAAGAAUCCUACGUCUUCUAAGCGUUUUGUCUUCAAUUUCCAGUUAUCUCGUAGCACUUUACAGUAUUUCCAUAGUUAAAAUCAUGUAAUUAUCCUACUUUUUUUAAAUCUCAUAACGUUCACAUUUCAUUUCC